AUGGCCUCCACAGAAAACGUCUACUACUCCCUUCGUCGCCCAGUCCAGCGCAGAAUAGACGCAGCGUUCACAAAAACAUUCAAAUCCCUAACGCCGUCCACGAGCGCCGAUUCAGGCGCAGGCUUCAUCGUUGAAGAUGCUACCCCAAACGUUGACGCCCAAUCACAAAUCCCACUCGACCUCGUCCCAGAGACACUCGAAUAUCUCAACUUGCCACCAAACGACCCAGAAGUUCUCUACGUCUUCAAGAACGCCGCUGAAGGAUGGAAAGGACCCAACGACAUAUCCGCCAACACACCCAAGCUCGGUGUGAGCCUCGAAGACUGGCGAUCUGUCUGCGCCAUCUUGCUCGAGAACGACGAAGACGAGGAAAUGAUGGAUGAAGAUGACGAAGGCGACGAUUCUGACGUUUACAAAGAACCUUCCUCGCCCUCAGAGGACGGCGGCGACAACGACGACGACGACGAAGACUUUGAACUGGGUCCCCGCGUUCGCCGUACUCGCCGUACAACCCGCCGCUCUUCCCGCUCUUCCUCUCCGUCCUUCUCCUCAACACCAAAUAAACUCACGAAAGCCCAAGAACAAUCCGCACUCGAUACCUACGGCCUGUUCUUCCCCACAGUACCCUUAUCAUCACUCAAAGACCAAAAACUCCUAAUCGCAGACAUCCAACGCGUCGCAACCCUGCUCAAGGAGAAACUAAAAGCCGAAGAGAUCAUCAACAUGCUCGAAAUGUUCUCCUCUUCGCCAGACAAAAGCAUGUCAUUCGACGACUUUACACGGAUGCUUGUCACCGCGAAGCUCAUCUGA